AUGCCGCUGGUUUUUCUUCCGCAAAUACUGUGGCACAGUAAGGACGACAAAAGGUGUGAUCGUGUGUAUUCCCUGGACUUCCAGCCACGGCCCGGGCGACCGCAGGAUGGAGCGUCGCGCUCUUUCAACCUCGCCACGGGUGGCGCUGAUGAAUUCGUGCACAUCUGGCAGGUCGACAUAAAUGACAACGCGCCGCAGUACGCCACUGACUGCAACAAAAGCAUCCUUGCGCCGGAAAAUCUGAAAGCAAACAGCGCAACGGGCACGCCAGGUGUCGACAAUGAUGUGCAACCGCUCACUGUCAAGAUCCUGGCGCGGCUGGUUGGCCACAUCGGGGAAGUCAACGCCGUCAGGUGGAAUCCGAACGGCGUGGUGUUGGCGUCGGGAGGCGAGGAUCGGUGUAUAUUCCUGUGGGCGAAAGCUGCCAAACCCAACGUACUAGACGCUUCCAGCCAGGACUACGAGGAGCACUACGCGCGCUUCCAGUAUUAUAGAUUAUCGCAUGUGGUCAACAGCAUCAGCUGGUGCCCUGAUGGCAGGUUGAUCGCAGUUGCAACGGAAGACGGGCACGUGUCGCUCAUCGACACCUACGUGGAGGGGAACGGGAAGAUACGCCACUUUGAGGGCCACACGAGUUUCGCUCAGGGUGUCGCCAUGUGCCCGCAAAACAUCAUGGUCGCUUCCAUGGGGCAGGACCAAACACUGAGGAUAUGGAAAAGGCGUAACGAAAAGCAGUGGAAGAACAUCCUCGUCCUCAAGUCUGCGAAGGACCGGUCGGAGUUCAAGGAAUCCAUAGGGAUGGAAAGCGACGAUGUGAGGUACAGCCGUUCCGUUUUCAUGAACGAAGAACUGUCUACUUUCUUCAGGCGGCUCGACUGGUCGCCGGACGGCCGCUUCCUGGUGACGCCGGCGGGCAUCCGGCACAAUGCGCUUUUCAAAAAGGAGGACGAGGCGGAGUCCAAAAAUGAUUCCGUCUACACUCUGUACAUAUUCCACCGCAAACUGAUAAACCUGGGGAUACCAAUGGUGACACAUCAGUCGCCCACCGGACCUUUUGUGGUGGUAAAGUUCUGUCCGCUCGACAUCGCGAAAAUCGAGAAGGAAAAGGUAAACUUCUUCAACAAAAUAUUCAAGACUGGGUCGAAAAACGCCAAGCAAAAGAGAAUAAAAUCGAAGAAAGCAGUCAAAGACAAAGAAGCGCUAAAAGAUGCAUCAGAUGCUUACAUGAAGUUGGAUUCCUUUACAGAUCUGCCCAGCACCGCCAAUGCCGGCAGUGACGACGCGCCUUACACCGACGGAGUGACCCGAACAGCGGAAAGCCAGUCGCAAAACCUCGCUGAUGAACUAGAUGGAGAGGUGGAAGAUGCCAACGGGGAGGAUGAACCGACGGGUGACGUAACCUGCACCCCACCGUCGUUAGUUGUGGCCGGCAUCGAAACCGAUGCAGGCAGCGUGAAAGAGGAAUCAGUGUCAGACUCUCAGGUGACGUUCAUGUCCUCGCAAUUAACUGAUAUGGCUGCGAAGCUGCAAGAGGCAGAAAACAGCAUUCUCACAAAGUUAGAGGCGGACCCGGAAGACAGCGAGACGUACGUCGCCAUGAAAAGCGAGCCCAUUGACGUAAACGAGAUCGACCUGACGCAAUCAAUGACUUCUGUGGCCAUAGAGUGCGAACCCGCGGUAGACACGCAAGACGAGAUUCUAGACAACGACGUUGCGUCCAGCGGCGGCCUCAGAUCCAGCAAACGGGAAAUCAAGAAGCCGCAGUUCUACGCGGAUACCAUCGGCGCGCCGCAGGAGCUACCGAGGGCGCCCAAACCCAAGGUUGCCAAGAAGGAGGAGGAAAAGGAAUACGACACUGACGUCGAGGAUGACGUGGUAGUGCCGCGGCUCAUGUUUGCCGCCGGGACGCUCGACGGCUCCCUCUGCUUCUACGACACCAUGGAGAAGAAGGGGCCGAUAGCAGUGCUUAAGAAUCUGCACUACUGCACCAUUACAGAUAUCGCAUGGUCGCCGGAUGGGCUGGUGUGCGCGACGGCUUCCAGUGACGGAUACAUCACCUUCGUGGUCUUUCAAAAGAAGGAAUUCUAUUGA